CACAAGGAGCGUUUUGUUCAUUUUUCUCUUUCAGCUUCAUAAAAUACUACACACUUCCUCACAUUAUUCAUCCUCUCUUUUCCCUUUUCUUGUGUUCAUAUAACUCAAACCAAAAUAUACCGUCUCUAUCUAUCUAAAUCCCAACCCAUUUCAUAUAACGUCAAAGAAAGUUUCUUAUUCAGAAAAACAAGGCGAUGGAUUUUGAAUUUGAUGAUCAAGAACGGUUUUGUGCGACUCCUAAGCUUCCUUUGUUCUCGAUUCCAUUUAACAGAGCAUGUGACACUCCAGGGCUAGCGACGCCGCCUGUGAACAUCGCUGGAUCAGUACCUUUUCUAUGGGAGGAAGCUCCGGGAAAACCUCGCGUCUCUGAUGAGAACAAACCGCUGGCUUCCAAGCAGAACGAAAGAGAAGGAGGAGGAGGAGGAGUCGUGCGGUGCCUUGAGCUUCCGCCGAGGCUAUUUUUUCCAGCCGAUGAUGAGCCAUCUCCGACCACAGUUCUUGAUGGGCCUUACGAUGUACCUCGCCGGUCUUUAUCAGUGAUAAGGAGAAGCGAAAGAGCCUCUGAGGGUAGAUUCGAGUUUUCACGUUCCACCAAUAGCCGCUGCUGCGACGGUGGCGGCGGUACAACGGUGAAGAUUAGUAGAGUUAGAAGAAAAGGAAGCCUCUUGAAUCUCUCUCAUUCCAAAUCGCAAUUCUUGGCAAGGGUUUACCAAGGAUUUAAGCAAGUGAUCCCAUGGAGGCGGAGACAAGAGAAUCUUCCACGGAUGAGUUCUUCCAAUAUUUAAAUCAAAUCUCUUCGAUUUCUUUUAUAAAUCAUUAAAUCUUUAGUUAAUUUUAUAGACUAAUAUUAAUAUCCAUCUGUAUACAUAUUACCACAUAAUUUACAGACAUGAGGAAAAGUUUAUUCUUAACUUUUUACCAAAUUAAACCCUGAAACUACACUGUUCCUCUAGAUAAAUAGGAUUAUUGUAAUUAUACUUGAAAAAGGUAAAAGAAUAGGGAACAUCUUAAUUCUUAAAUGAAGGAGGACAAGAGCAUUAUGCAAAACCAAAAAUUUAUUAUACAAAACAUAACUACAUGACCUUUCUAUUUGCAGUUGCUAGCGACA